CUUGAUUUCUUUUAUUAUUAUUUCAUUGGGAUUUUUGUACAUUUCUUGAAGAGCACACAUUUAAGUAGACUACAAUUUUUCAACUAAAAUUAUUUUUUAAAACUGUGUCUAUUUAGAUAAUAGUUUUUGGACAGAAUAGAUGAGUUGAUAUUUGAUUAGCUUUUACUUAGCAAUAAUGAUCAGCAAUGGUAGUGAGCUAAGCUUAAAGCCUAUAAAUCCAAUAAUAAAGUUCAAAAACGAAGGAAUUCAAACGGACAAUGCUGACGUUUGGGUUGAAGGCGACACUAAUGUAGAAAAAAGUGAUCCAGACUCCGAAAGUUUAAUAGACCUGACAUCGUCUAUCGACUCUGAGGAGUCUUUAACAAAAAGUUUUGAUCCUGAAUCGUGUUUUCUACCAAUUUCAUUAUUCAAUAACGAUAAUGGAGAUCUAUGCAAAGCCUUUUGUGAAACGUAUAAAGAGUUUUUUAAGGAUGUUUAUUUAAAAGGAGAAGGAACGGUAGAAGAAAAAUCAUCGAUCCACCAACAGCCCAUCCAGGACAAUUUUGCUAAAGAAAAAAUUAUACUAGAAGAAAAAUUAAUAAUAAAAGACUCGACGAACAGUGAAUUGGUUUUAUAUUCAAGUAACAUCCAAGUUGAGCAACAAAAGAAUUCUGUGGAAGUAUCAGCGAAAAAUUCUAAAAACUUUAAAGUUUCCAGUAGUUGUGCAAAAAAUAACUGGAGCCAUCUUGAUGGUGCAAAUAAUAAUCUCGACGCUUUUACAGGCAAACAAUGCACUGAUCAAAAAGAACAGAAGUAUGAAGACUUGGAAAUCAAUAACAAAAACGAUGUACUGAGUGAAAAUACAAUUGAAUGUUUAUUUGAUGAAAGGCUUCUAAAACACAUAGCUCCUUUCAUUAGUAAUAAUAACCAAGGUCAAGAAAAAAGCAAAAUAGACCUUGUGAAUUGCGUUCAUUCGCCAAUAGCUCAAAGUACUCAGGAAGUUUUUAAUGAAAAAUUAGACACCUGUGACGAGUCUGCUGAAACAGAGUGUUGCGAAGUGGUUAAAAAGGAAAACAUAAAAUACAAAGGUACUAAUGGUGAAAAAGAAAAGUCUGGUGAAAAAUCAUUUCAAGACUUAAAAUUUGAAGCAAGUGUCAGAUUAAAAAAAUUAGAAGAACGAAUAAAUAAUCAUACUCUUAAAAAAGUCUUGCCAAAUCAUAAAAACGAAAAUUUUAAUGAUAUACAGCAAUCUCCAUCAAUUGAAUUAAAAUCAUCGUGUUCGUCUGUAGUGUAUGUGCAUAGCGAGAAUGCUGCAAAUACGAGUAGCAAGUCUUCGUGCAUUGAUUUUCUCAGUUUCUCGGAAAAAGGAGAAAUUUCUUUAACACCUGAAACGAUUAUUGGAAGCUCAUCACUUUAUAAAACCAAGUCAUGUUCAAGUGCAAUCUUAUAUGAAAAUAAUAUUUUUGAAACUGUAGCAGACAAAAACAACGAAGAUAUAAAAGAAACGGAAUUUUCCAAAGAUAUUGAUGAAAAAAACAAUUUUCUCAACAAAGUAAAAGACAACUCUAUUGAGAAAGAUGAGCACAAUUUCUUAGAAAACAAAACAGACGAGGCAUUUGAAACAGAUAAAACUGUCUUCCAGAUUUUACAACACGUAUUAGAAGACUCUCCGACUUCAGACUCGGAAAUUUGUCGAAUUUUUUCUAAUGAGACAUUAGACUUCAAGAAUCCGAAUUACAGCGAAACUCCUGAAUCGAUUUCAAGGAAGCUGCCAAAGGCCCAUACAAGUUUACCUAACCGGGAUUUGACAACCUCAAAACUUUUUACACGUUGUGAAUUUAAUGCUAGGGAUUUUGCUAUUGUAAAUCAUUUUUUGAACAACAAUAAUAUUCAUGAAUGCUAUGACGAACUAGCUGAAGAGUUUGUAGAACAAGAAACAGAUUGUUAUGCAAAUUGUGAAGAUUUGUGUGACUGUUCAUUAGAAGCUAUCGCAAUUUGUAAUCAAGUACAUAAAAUGCGCGAAACAACCAUGGGACCGUUAAAAGGACUCUUGAAGAAACCUAAUAGGCCACCGGCAUCUCGUAAAAAUCGAGUCGUAUUCGAUGAAACAAAAAAUCAAUUUUUUGAUGCAGACUACAUUAUUUUGAUACGUGAGGAUUGUUUAUACGACGAAGAAGAGGAUACCGAGCCAUGUACUUGUGGAGAGCAUGAAUUAGUUAGAAUUUGUUGUGAUGAAGGAUGCUGCGGCUAUACAGAUGACGGACGAACUCCUCCGAGCCCAAAAUUUGCGCCACCAAUAGAAUUUGUUGACCAAGCAACACUUAGUCCUCCAGAGGGUUACAAAGACGCAGGCGGUAAUUUGAUUGACUCAGCAUUGCAAGGGGCAUUAGGAGGACAUGUGUUCGGUGCACAGCACAUUCAACAAUUACAAGUGAUACAACGUUUACAACAACAGAGAGCAGCUAUGUUAGCAGCAAAAGCAGCUCAAUCAAAUCAGCAAUCCACAUCAAAUGUAUGUGUUGAGUGUGCCGAGUGUUCCGAAUGUGCUGCAAAACAAUUUCAAGAAGAAUCCGGAUCUCAAUGUUCUGAUGAAGUGUCUCCGGCAUGUGAACUUCCCAUUGCUCUUGUUCCAAUCUCUAAUGCCUCUCCCGAACGGCGAAUAAUUCAUAAGGAAAUAGUUGCCGGAGAAGAAAGGCCAAAAAUCUCCAGUCCUAAAUUAACAAAUGACAAUUCAGAUUUGGACUCAAAGACGAAGUCGGAUUCCAUUAGUCAGAACCAUAAAGAAUGUGAAGCUAUUGACAGCGACGAGAGCAAUACCACAAAAAUGAACUUAGUUGGAUCAAUAAAUGGAAUUCUCAAAGGUGGAAGAUUAAGGAAGGGAGAUCCUCCACAGUUGGAAGAUUCACUCAAUACUACGUCUGAUGACGAAAAUGGUUCAAAGAGAUCAGUUCGAUUUACGGAAGAGACAAAGGAAAGAGAAGGUGGUGAAGGUGAAUCGCAGUUAGAUGUCGAUUAUCGUCAUCCAGUAGAUUACGUAUCACAUACAAUGAAGAGACAUUCAAGUAUUUUCCACAACGCACUACGACCUAAUUCAGCAUUGAGGCAGCUUUUCCCUACAACGGUGCAUUCUUCAAUUGUCCCGAACUCUAUUACGGAUGAAGCUCUAAAAACGUUGGAAGAAACAGGUACAUUGAGUUUGAAUGAUGCAAUGUUGAGUGAUUCGGAUACUGAAACAAUUAAGAAAACAAUAGAAAGGAAUGUUCUUAGACGAUCAUUGAUAAAAUAUGAGCCAAAGAAAAAAGCACCGACAAAAGAGAUUUCAUCUCUUGAGGAACGAAUUAGACAACUUACCUGUGAUAUCGAUGAGCCAUUAAAUGAAUUGGAUAACUACGACACGAGCCAAGGCGAUAUCUAUUCUUCUAAAGAAAAUAUUUCAGAUCUGAGAGGCAGCCCCACUGGUGAAGAAACACCACUUCAAAAUAAGACUGGUGACAAAAACUUUUCUCCAAGUUCGUCGGCUUCAAGUUCAUUAAGUGGCUCGGUUGGAUCUACCUAUAAGAAAAUAACGGAUCUUUUUAACCGCGAAAAACGUCAAGAUCGUAUAUCAGAAAAUGAAGAGACAUCUGCUGGAAUUGUACCGCAAGAUUGCCGAUGUCCUGCAGGACCAGAUUUGGGUCUAGGCGCACAAAUACAAGGAGGUCAUACACAAAUUCACCAACCACCACCACCACCUCCUCGUCAUCCUGAUACAAGACGACAAUUUUUAUCUACGUUGGUUCCUCUUACUGCAUGUGUUGCUGGUCAACGGGAUGACUUUUCUUACUAUACUUUAGCUCAACCAAACAACCGAAAUUCUAUCAGCAGUUCACAAUGCACAGAUUAUAGUAUAGGAGAUAUUGACAAAGCUUUAACUGAUGAAGAUAGUAAAAAAGUGGCCCCAGAUGUUAUUGCUGGCACACCUGGACAAGAAACAGAUGAAUUAGCUGCUUUUGCUCAACAAGAAUUUAACAGAACUGAAAAAUUGAAAAAGAGAUACAGUACUGAAAAUUCACACUCUAACCCCGGUUCAGACGAUGAUGAUGAGCAAAAUGAUUAUGGAUUUAAUAAACGACCUCAAGUAAAAGGCAUUAAAUCAAGAUAUAGCACCAAUGAAAUACUACAAGAAAUGCAAAAUCAAUUGUCUCAAAACAGUUUACAACAGCCCCAGAAAGCACAGGCAACUUUACAAACUCAAACAGCUCAAACCCAAAUUGUGCACUCUAGUACAUUACCUCGGCCCCACACAACAAUGCAUAUUGCUGCAAAGCAAAUUACGUCGCAUCACCAACAUACUGCUUCCUGGAGUUACUAUCCAGAGCAACAAGCAUCAAAUAAUAAUAUUCAACAAGAUGCCCAUAAUAAUUAUUAUCACUUACCAGCGAAUCCAAGGCACAGCUACCAUGGUCAUGAAACUGUUGGAAUGCAGCAAACGAUAACACACCAGCCACCAGGUCAGUACGGAAAAUUCGCUCGUAGUCCUACUCGCCGACCAGAAUCACCGCCUCCAUUACGCAAUUAUCAUCAAACUAUGGUCCUUAUUCCUUACAACAGUAAUCCUUAUCAACAAUUUACUUCAACCGAAACUGAAAGUACUUUCGGCAGGCAACAUAAUGUGGUGGAGUAUCAACAGGUCACGCAACAAACUAUCAGAGUUCCUGUGGGAUACACACUGCCUGGCAUGCAGCUCCAUGUAGUUGGUCCUUCCUCUCAUUACACUACAUUACCCCGAAUGAAUAACGGAUCGAAAAACUUGCAAUUUCCCCAAACAGAGCAAUCGUCUAUUAAUCCUAAGUACAAUGAACGUGGAAUAGCAAGAAGUGAGCCAGAAGGUGCAGCAUGCGUUCAGUCAAACGAUGUAGCAUUGUCUCCAACAAAUAAUCAGUCUCAAACUUCAAAUAUUAAUCCUCAAUCAUCUGCUGUACAGCCAAAGUCACAACCUGGAGCAGUUUACUACGCUAUGAAUGUCUGACCUAACGAUUAGUCUGCCAAUUAUUAACGAUACCCAGACAAGGCAAAACAAAUAGGCAUAUAGUUACUAGUGUUGUUCAAACGGGUUAAAUGUUAAAAAUAAAAAAAAGAAAAACCAAAAUUAUGACAACUCGUCUAUAAUCAAUCAAUAAAGUUAAUAUACAUACAUAUAUGAUAUAUAUAA